GUCAAAAUUGCAAUCAUUACCCUAUUACGCUUCAACAGUGCGCCUACUCUGAUUACUGUAUUACUAUUGCCCGGUACAUGUAAACCGGUGGCAAAUCUGUCACAAUGUUGCUUUCAAAACAUUUCCCAGAAGAGUCGCUUCUAGUGCGAAAUUUGACGCGCCAACGGUUUUUGUACCCACUGCGGCAAUAGAUACCUACGAGUGAACGAUUUUUUUCUAUUCCACAAAGCUGUGCUUGAUGUCAACCCACAGCUACCGUUGCGGUGACACCGAAAACCAAACCGAUAAGCAUUUUAUCGCACGAAUGAAUAAGUGAACGAAAUUGGGCCAUUGUUGCUUUCUAUUGUUUACGACAGUUGGAAUUCGAGGCUGCUACGACGGUGCGGGGUCGCUCCCAUUACUGGGGGUAUAAAAUUUUAUGCGUGUGUCAUGCACGAACCGGCAUCUCACAGCGCUACUGAAGCGAACAAAAUCCUUUCGCUUUGCUGGAGUCAGGGCUGCUUAGCUGCUGCUUACUACGACGUUGAUCUACUGGAACUGAGUGCCGUUCAGCAGGCCGCAGAACCGAGUCCCCAGUAUCCUUUGAUUAGAAACCUCAUCCGACAGUACGAUCCACUGUUUUAUCUCGUGUCCGGUUCGCGAAUAUUUUUGGAUGAUGUUCUGGAGCUUUUAGAUUUCCCUACCGGUACGAGUCUGCUAAAUUUUGAUGCAGGCAGAAUAGAACUUUGUGAAAAGGCUCGCAUUUGCGGUUUUGGUUCCAAAGCUGUUAAGAGUAGUUACGAACGGAUAUUGGCAUUGAAUUUACCAGGAAUGCUACCUCAGGCUUCGAAGAGUGAGAAGAAAUUAUUUUUGGAGAGUGUCUUUCCCUUCAAACAGGAUCUACUAAUUCACGCAGUCGCCUGUCUGCUGAGACUGCUAGAUCUCAACAAGGAAAACGAUGGACCUCUUCUGUUGAAGGUUAAUCUGCUCGCACCCGAGUCACAGUUGAUGAUCGAUGACCUAACAUGCCAGGCGUUGCAGAUUUUCAACGCCAGAUUACACCCUUCCGGGUUCAAGGUAAAGCUGGAGGAGUGCUCGUGUUCGUUGAUCAACUUAUUCAACAGAUGCUCGUCGAAGAUCGGAAAAUUAGAACUAGUGGCGGUAUUGAAGCAGCCAAUACGGGAUCUAGACGAGCUAAAUCGACGGCUGGAUACGGUUCAGUGGCUUGUUGAUCCUCGCAGCAGUAAAGCCGCAGCUGAAAUGAGAAACCUAAUAGGUAAUCUUACUAGAGUUCAGGUGUUGUAUCGAAAGAUUACCAACAAAACUGCCAAAAACAAAGAUUGGGCCUCAUUUAAAAAGAACAUCAUGUACAGUUAUUUGCUUUGUAAACUAUGUUCGGCUACAAAUGAACCAUCGUUGCAGGAUACUGCCAUAGGCAGUCUGGCGGGAUUUGUUUCGACCCAAGGUAACACAUUGAAACAAGUUUUGUUUACUCUGAACGAAGUUAUCGACCUAGAAAGAGGAGAACAAGAAAAUAAGUUUGCGGUGAAACGAGGACUUGAUGCGGAACUGGAUCGAAUGUACAGCAUCUUCGAUGAAGCGAAAACCUCGAUUGUAGAGUCUUCCCGAUUGGACAUCGAUAGUCUGCCCGUUGAUUUGAACGACGUUUACGUUAAUUUCCUCGACAGUUACGGUUUCGUGUUCAGUAGUAACGUGGUUGAAAACCUCCGAGAUCCCGCGAUAUUCGAACGAUCCCAGAUGAACCUACUGCUACAAUCGGAUGACACUGUCUACUUUCAGAACAGUCUCUGCCGAGAGCUCAACCAUAGUCUAAGUAGUCUUCUAGCUGCCAUGAGCGAGCGACAGCAAAGUAUUCAGGAAAAGUUAACCGAAUUCAUUGACCGUACCAUACCGGAAGUGUUGAACGUUUUUAAGCUGGCAGCCCGACUUGACGUACUGUUGGCUUUCGCCUCUGUUGCCGAAAGUCUGGAUUACACACGCCCAAUUAUCACCGAGCAGAAGGUUAUUGAAAUUAAAGGCGGUAGACAUCCUCUCGUGGAACAGUUUAAAGUCUAUCGACCCAGCAGUACUACCAUUGGAUCCAGUGAGAAAAACUUUGUGACCAUCAUGGCUGCUACGGAACCACUCGGAAAGACAAUCUACCUCAAAGAACUUGCCCUCACAUGUUACCUCGCCCACGUAGGAUCUUUCGUUCCGGCCCAAUCGGCCAUUAUCGGUUUGCUGGACUCGAUUUACACCCGUUUAGACUACCCGGAAUCAGUCUUCAGUGGUAAGUCUUCUUUUAUGGGAGAACUGUUCCAAAUGUCCAACAUACUUCAGAAUGCAACCGGUAGAUCUUUGGUGUUAAUCGAUGAGUUCGGUAAAGGGACUACGUACUCCGAGGGGAAAUCAUUACUUAUUUCCAGCAUCGAGCACAUUCUAGGAAAAGGUGAAAAUGCUCCGCUAACGCUGGUUGGAACGCAGUUCACCACCAUCACCAAGUUCUUCGACGAGAACCAGUUUCUUCGGAUAUAUGCAACACAAUCCGUCGAACAGGAACAGCCAGAGGAGAAGAGCAUUGAAUCUAAUCCAGUCUUUGAUUCGAACUGUCAAGAAAACUUCACAGCCGUCAGCCAACGGUUGGCUCUAACGCUAAUAAAGAAAUUUCUGACCAACGAGAUCAUCGAUCCCUGGGCGGUUGUUCAGCUCUACAAUUCCUUGCCCCUCACGCAAACCACACAUCCUGCUGAAGGUCAUGUGUGAAUAUCACGACCACCGUUGCAUAUGGCUUCUUAACUGUAGAAAAUAGUGAAGAAUUACUUCGUUACAGCCC